UGCGCAGUCUCUGCCGCCGGCUCGCGGCGCGUGGACCGUGCUCUGCGUCGCGCGCGUCCGAACGGCUACGGGUUCCGGCGGCGGCGCGUGGAGCUCGCGAGCCAUGUCGUGGCUCUUCGGCAUCAAGGGCCCCAAGGGCGAAGGCGCGGGGCCGCCGCUUCCGCUGCCGCCCGUGCAGCCCGGGGCCGAGGGCGGCGGGGACCGCGGCGCGGGGGACCGGACUGGGCCCAAGGACAAAUGGAGCAACUUCGACCCGACGGGCCUGGAGCGCGCGGCCAAGGCGGCACGCGAGCUGGAGCACUCGCGACACGCCAAGGAGGCGCUGAGUCUGGCACAGAUGCAGGAGCAGACGCUUCAGCUGGAACAUCAGGCCAGGCUCAAGGAGUAUGAGGCCGCCGUGGAGCAGCUGAAGGGCGAGCAGGUCCGGGUGCAGGCCGAGGAGCGGAGGAAGACCCUGAGUGAGGAGACGCGGCAGCACCAGGCCAGGGCCCAGUACCAGGAUAAGCUGUCCCGGCAGCGCUAUGAGGACCAGCUGAAGCAGCAGCAACUUCUCAACGAGGAGAACUUACGGAAGCAGGAGGAGUCCGUGCAGAAGCAGGAGGCCCUGCGGCGAGCCACCGUGGAGCGGGAGAUGGAGCUUCGGCACAAGAACGAGAUGCUGCGGGUGGAGGCCGAGGCGCGUGCCCGGGCCAAGGCUGAGCGCGACAAUGCUGACAUCACCCGCGAGCAGAUCCGCCUGAAGGCUGCUGAGCAGCGCCAGACCAUCCUGGAGUCCAUCAGGACGGCUGGCACCGUGUUUGGUGAAGGAUUCCAGGCCUUUGUGACAGACUGGGACAAAGUGACAGCCACGGUGGCUGGGCUGACGCUGCUGGCCGUCGGCAUCUAUUCCGCCAAGAACGCCACGUCGGCCAUAGGGCGCUACGUGGAGACGCGGCUGGGGAAGCCAUCCCUGGUGCGGGAGACCUCUCGAAUCACGGUGCUGGAGCUGCUGAGGCACCCUGUGCAGGUCAGCAGGCGGCUCCUCAGUAAGCCUCAGGACGCAUUGGAGGGCGUCGUCCUCAGCCCCAGCCUGGAGGCUCGUGUGCGGGACAUCGCCAUUGCCACGAGGAACACCAGGAAGAACAGGAGUGUGUACCGGAACAUCCUGAUGUAUGGGCCACCUGGGACGGGCAAGACACUGUUUGCCAAGAAACUCGCGCUGCACUCAGGCAUGGACUACGCCAUCAUGACAGGUGGGGAUGUGGCCCCCAUGGGGCGGGACGGCGUGACCGCCAUGCACAAGGUCUUUGACUGGGCCAACACCAGCCGGCGAGGCCUCCUGCUCUUCGUGGACGAAGCAGAUGCCUUUCUCAGGAAGCGAGCGACUGAGAAGAUCAGCGAGGACCUCAGGGCCACCCUGAACGCGUUCCUGCACCGGACAGGCCAGCACAGCAGCAAGUUCAUGCUGGUCCUGGCCACCAACCAGCCCGAGCAGCUGGACUGGGCCAUCAAUGACCGCAUCGGCGAGAUGGUCGGCUUCGAGCUGCCGCGGCGAGAGGCGCGGGAGCGCCUGGUGAGGCUGUAUUUUGACAAGUAUGUUCUUAAACCAGCCACAGAAGGAAAGCAGCGCUUGAAGCUGGCCCAGUUUGACUACGGGAAGAAGUGCUCAGAGAUCGCACAGCUGACAGAGGGCAUGUCGGGCCGGGAGAUCUCCCAGCUUGCUGUGGCGUGGCAGGCCAUGGCGUAUGCCUCUGAGGAUGGGGUCCUCACCGAGGCCAUGAUGGACGCCCGGGUCCAGGAUGCCAUCCAGCAGCACAAGCAGAAGAUGCAGUGGCUGAAGGCAGAGGGGAGCCGGCCCCUGCUCCCAAGUUCACAGGCCGAGUGAGCCGGGCCUGGACACCUGCAGCACGCUGACCAGGUGCCCCAGCUCCCAGCGGACGUGGUGACACCACACAGCCGCCCCCCUCCCGGCGUGUGUAACCUUCCACUGGUCAGGCCCAGGGCGGCAGGGCAGCAUUAAAGGCCUCUGCUCAGGACCAGCUGCGCGGUGCAGCCUUGAGGUGGGGUUGGUUCCCCUGACCCCGCAGCUGCCCCCAGGACACUCCUGGGAGACAUGUCCCUCCAAGCCCGGCCCAGACAGGGAGCAGGCACUGUCCGCCAUGCCCGGGGCAGCGGCCAAGCUGGCAGCACAGCGUCCCAGGCAGAUGCUGGCUGCUGCAGCAGUGACCAGCAGUAGGGGGCCCGGCCAAGGACCUGACCUUGCCCAGUCCCUCCCAGGGCCAGACCCGAGCCCAUGAUGAGCAGAGCUGACCUCUGUGCAGCCCAGCUGUCCUCGGGAGGGCAGUGCCCUUGAGGUCUGUGAACCCAUAAAGCCGGGUGCCAAGAACCAGCCCAGCGACCCGCGAUGGCCAAGGAUGUGUGGAGCGGGGGUACUGCCAGCCCACAGAAGGCGAAGUUCUCCCGGAUUGGAAUUGGGGGUCUUUUUAUCCAGAAUCUAAUAAAAACUGACAGAUACGU